AUGUCGCUACCUCCCAAUCUCCAGCAAUCGUUCUCGCCAGAAGAAAUCCAGUUCAUUGUGGAGAAUGAGCCUAUCAAAAUCUUUUCACGGAUUACCACACGCCCAUCUGUCCGCCAGCGAAAUUCUAGCCAAAAUUCCGCAAGAUGGAAGCUUGUCACAGCAGAUGAUGAACCUUUGAACAAUCUAGUGGCGAUGCAAACUACUGAAGUUGCGUUAUGGGUUGCUUUGCUUUUGAAGCAGCAAGGAAAGUGCAGCAUCGUCGCACCGUCAUGGUUGACUGCAAGACAAUUACAAAAAUACACCGACUAUGAACGCAAGCACCCAGAACGCUUCAGCGAUUUGCCCUGGAAUUGGCUGGUCGUGGCGCAAUUGCUGUUUAUCAAAGCAGCAGAUGACCUCCAUGACCCAGUGCAUGUUCUGCGAGGGAUAGUGCAGGACUUGAGGGAAAUCCGUCUCAGCAAGAUUUCCCAGGGCUUAAAACAACUCAAUGAGUCCCAUUUACAGCUGGACAACUUGAGCUUACUCGAAAUAAACGAAUUACGCCCAUUCAUUCUUGGGGUGAUGAACAAACUCAAACAAGUUCAUUCGAGCCUGACUACAGACCAAGACGACGAAGAUGUAUUUUGA